AUGGCCGUAUCCAUCGGGGGGAUCUUGGCUUCCCGCUUUCUGCAUGUGGACCUGCUGCACAGCAUCCUGCAAUCACCCAUGAGCUUCUUUGAGCGGACCCCCAGUGGGAACCUGGUGAACCGCUUCUCCAAGGAGCUGGACAGGGUGGACUCCAUGAUCCCAGAGGUCAUCAAGAUGUUCAUGGGCUCCCUGUUCAACGUCAUCAGUGCCUGCAUCGUUAUCCUGCUGGCCACACCCAUCGCCGCAAUCUUCAUCCUGCCCCUCGGCCUCAUCUACUUCUUCGUCCAGAAAUGCCCUGCAGACGUUAGGCUGGUCUGGAGGGGAUAUAGGAGGCCACUGAGACCAAAAGACCUCUGGUCACUUGGGAGAGAAAACUCCUCAGAAGAACUUGUUUCCCGGCUUGAAAAGGAGUGGAUGAGGAACCGCAGUGCAGCCCGGAGGCACACCAAGGCAACAGCAUUUAAAAGGAAAGGCGGCAGUGGCAUGGAGGCUCCAGAGACCCAGCCCUUCCUACGGCAAGAAGGGAGCCAGUGGGGCCCACUGCUGAAGGCCAUCUGGCAGGUGUUCCAUUCUACCUUCCUCCUGGGGACUCUUAGCCUCAUCAUCAGUGAUAUCUUCAGGUUCACUGUCCCCAAGCUACUCAGCCUUUUCCUGGAGUUGAUUGGUGAUCCCAAGCCUCCAGCCUGGAAGGGCUACCUCCUCGCUGUGCUGAUGUUCCUCUCGGCCUGCCUGCAAAUGCUGUUUGAGCAGCAGAACAUGUACAGGCUCAAGGUGCUGCAGAUGAGGCUGCGGUCGGCCAUCACUGGCCUGGUGUACAGAAAGGUCCUGGCUCUGUCCAGCGGCUCCAGAAAGGCCAGUGCGGUGGGUGACGUGGUCAGCUUGGUGUCCGUGGACGUGCAGCGGCUGACCGAGAGCGUCCUCUACCUCAACGGGCUGUGGCUGCCUCUUGUCUGGAUCGUGGUCUGCUUCGUCUAUCUCUGGCAGCUCCUGGGCCCCUCUGCCCUCACUGCCAUCGCUGUCUUCCUGAGCCUCCUCCCUCUGAAUUUCUUCAUUACCAAGAAGAGGAACCACCAUCAGGAAGAGCAAAUGAGGCAGAAGGACUCACGGGCACGGCUCACCAGCUCUAUCCUCAGGAACUCGAAGACCAUGAAGUUCCAUGGCUGGGAGGGAGCCUUUCUGGACAGAGUCCUGGGCAUCCGAGGCCAGGAGCUGGGCGCCUUGCAGACCUCCGGCCUCCUCUUCUCUGUGUCGCUGGUGUCCUUCCAAGUGUCUACAUUUCUGGUCGCACUGGUGGUGUUUGCUGUCCACACUCUGGUGGCCAAGAAUGCUAUGGAUGCAGAGAAAGCCUUUGUGACUCUCACGGUUCUAAACAUCCUCAACAAGGCCCAGGCUUUCCUGCCCUUCUCCAUCCACUCCCUCGUCCAGGCCCGGGUGUCCUUUGACCGUCUGGUCGCCUUCCUCUGCCUGGAAGAAGUUGACCCUGGUGCCAUAGACUCAAGUUCCUCUGGAAGCUCUGCUGGGAAGGAUUGCAUCACCAUACACAGUGCCACCUUCGCCUGGUCCCAGGAAAGCCCUCCCUGCCUCCACAGAAUAAACCUCACCGUGCCCCAGGGCUGUCUGCUGGCUGUUGUCGGUCCAGUGGGGGCAGGGAAAUCCUCCCUGCUGUCCGCCCUCCUUGGGGAGCUGUCAAAGGUGGAGGGGUUCGUGAGCAUCAAGGGUGCUGUGGCCUACGUGCCCCAGGAGGCCUGGGUGCAGAACACCUCUGUGGUGGAGAAUGUGUGCUUCAGGCAGGAGCUGGACCCACCCUGGCUGGAGAGAGUCCUAGAGGCCUGUGCCCUGCAGCCAGAUGUGGACAGCUUCCCUGAGGGAGUCCACACUUCAAUUGGAGAGCAGGGCAUGAAUCUCUCCGGAGGCCAGAAGCAGCGGCUGAGCCUGGCCCAGGCUGUAUACAGAAAGGCAGCUGUGUACCUGCUGGAUGACCCCCUGGCGGCCCUGGAUGCCCAUGUCGGCCAGCAUGUCUUCAACCAGGUCAUGGGGCCUGGUGGGCUACUCCAGGGAACAACACGGAUUCUCGUGACCCAUGCACUCCACAUCCUGCCCCAGGCUGAUUGGAUCAUAGUGCUGGCAAAUGGGGCCAUCGCAGAGAUGGGUUCUUACCAGGAGCUUCUACAGAGGAAGGGGGCCCUCAUGGGUCUUCCGGAUCAAGCCAGACAGCCAGGAGAUACAGGAGAAGGAGAAACAGAACCUGGGACCAGCACCAAGGACUCCAGAGGCUCCUCUGCAGGCAGGAGGCCCGAGCUUAGACCCGAGAGGUGA